UGCGGGGCCUGCCGGGCCGGGGGGCAGGCAGGCAGGCAGGGCGGAGCCCGCGCGCCGGGGAGGCCCCUCACAACCCGGGAGGCUCCAAGCCGGGCACGGCCGCGUCCCUCGCCCCGAGGCCUGGGCCUCCCGCCGGGCCUGGGUGUCGGCUGCCUCCUCGCAGCUCCCGGAGACGGAGAUUUCAGGCCCGAGGGAAAGCUGAGGCAGCUCUGCUCACUGAGAAAUGUCCGCGUGCCUUCAGGGGGGCACCUCGGGACCAACCCCCCCCCCCCCCCCCCCCCCCCCCGCAGGUCAGGUCGUGCCCUCCGUGCGGCCCCCGGAAAAAGAAGAAACUGCCCGGGAAGCCGGUGGUGGCACGGGGGCCCCUCCAAGUCUGCAAGCACCAGUUGCGUGGCUUCGUGGAAGAAACCGGGGGCGUGAGCGCGUUGGGCUUUGAUGGAGCAGGAGGGGGGCUGCCGUGGACCCCUGCCUGGCCUGGGUGGGGCUGGGGUACUGGUGUCUUGUGUUGGAGGUGCUGGUGGUAGCUGUGUUGGCCUGAGGAUGUAGGCACGGUUGUGCAAGUGCUGGCAAAGUGUCAUUUUUCUAAGUCUUUAGUUGGUCUCACAGAAGAUGUCAGGGUUAUCCAAAGGACUUUGGUGUCGGUCGUUUUGCUAAGAGGUUAGAUUAUGGAUUUGUAUGGAUGGUUUGGAUAAGCGAUGGCCCUGCCUCUGGUAGGGGUUGGCCUAGGUGCCCUCUGGAGGUCCCUUCCCAGUCCUGCUUCUCUCCUGUUCUCUGAUCUCCCGUUCAGGUCCAGCUUGGGACCGACUGCAGCUUCCUCCGUGUCGCGUUCAAAUGCCAAACCUGACCUCAGCCUACACAACUCGGUGUGGAAAUACCCGUGUCGGCGUAGGUGGCUUACCUGGCAGAGCUGAGUUUGGAGUUACCUUUCUGUUGACACGUGGCUGCCCAUGAAUACAGCGACAACAGUUUGUUAUACCCCAGAAGUGACCAGCCUAUGGCACGUAUGCCAGAAGUGGCAUGGAUGGACAGCACAGCAGGAGGUAGGGCAGGGAGCAGAAAGCUGGACAGCAGAUAGGCAAAGAGCACAGGGAAGGAAGCAGAAAGCAGAGCAACAGAUCUGGCAUGGAUCCUCUGAAACUUGUGCAGUGAUAUUGUGGUCUGAUUUUGGGUGAACUCUUCUUAUCUUUCAGGAGAACAGAGUUGUAUUUAAAAUGGAAGUUGAUAUAAAUGGAGAGUCCAGAACCACUGUAUCUACCCUUCCCUUACCUGUUGCAGAGGUGAGUUCUACAGGCAGGGCAGAAGCAGAGAAACCUCGAUGUUCCAGUACCCCGUGCUCACCAAUGCGACGAACUGUUUCAGGUUAUCAGAUCCUCCAUAUGGAUUCUAACUAUUUGGUUGGCUUCACAACUGGGGAGGAGCUCUUGAAAUUAGCCCAUAAGUGUACAGGAAAUGAGGAAAAUAAAUCAGAAUCUGGACCUACUUUACGAUCCAAACAACUUGAUUCAGGACUUCCCCGUUCAUCCCGGUUGUACAAAACGAGAAGUAGAUACUACCAGCCAUAUGAGAUCCCAGCUGUAAAUGGAAGGAGGAGACGACGGAUGCCCAGCUCAGGGGAUAAAUGCACUAAGGCUUUACCAUAUGAACCCUACAAGGCACUUCAUGGUCCUCUGCCUCUUUGUCUUCUGAAAGGUAAGAGGGCUCACUCUAAAUCCCUGGACUACCUCAAUUUAGACAAAAUGAACAUCAAGGAACCGGCUGACACAGAAGUGCUACAAUACCAGCUCCAGCAUCUGACCCUACGCGGGGACCGUAUGUUUGCUAGAAACAACACAUGAGCUACCAUUUGGAAGUUAAAGCCAAUUCCUGGUUAUUUCUUUGUUGCUGCAAAACUCCACUGUUGUACUGUGUACAUGACUGUCCACAUCGUAGGUGGUUAUAUCAGCUAAGUGUUACUGGAACGUAAUUUAUAUGAAUACAAUUUUGACAAAAAAUGUCUCAAGCAUUUGGAGGAAAAUUUUUUCCAGAGCAAGCAACUUCUGAAGAAAAUCUGACUGUAGUUGGUGGGCAUUUCUUUGGGGACCCUUUUUAACAAAGAAACAGCUUUUUUGUACAGGUAUAUCUAAUAUUUAUGGUGAUUUGACACUCCAGGCUUGGUGAGAAUGUCUAGUUGGUUAUUGCUAAAAAUUUGACUUGCUACUGGAAAUUGCUUUUGGAUAAGCACCCAAGUUCUUCUUUUAUUGCUUUGUGUAUUUUACAAUAAGAUAUGCAUAUGAUUUGUUAUACUAUAGAAAAGAAUGUGAACCUGGCUGAAUUGGACCACGUUAUUUAAAACAGUCCAGUUUAAACCUUUUGUAACUGGUUUUUGCACUGGAAAAAGAAGUCUCAUUGAAAAAAUAAACCUUUGUUCAUUUGCUAUUUAAAAAUUGAACAAUAAUUUUUUAGUUUCCACAUGAAACUAGUUGCUUUUCUUCUUUCCUUUUGUUUAUAUAAACUUUAUUGAGUAAGCCUUUGGAAUAUUAGGAAAAUGAAUCAUUCUGAAAGUGAUUUUUUUUUUUUUUUUUUUAUUUGGAUAGGUGUAAUUUCAUUUUUACAUGUCUUUACAUAUAAGCAAGGACCCACUUUAGAUUCCAGAAUAUAGAUUAGAAUAUCUUUAUUAGUAUGAAUGAAAUUUUUUAUUUUUGUCAUGAUUUCUAGGAUAUAUAUUUAAAAAUAUGGUAAGUGUUAAAACCACAACUUUUAGCACUGCUUUUGGAAAUUACAGGUUUAUUUGCAGCACUUUUAUUGGAAAUCCAGACAGCCAUCUUAGCUUGAAGGUCAAAAAAUGCUUCUUUACACUGCAGCCUUGAAGCACUGAUCUUGGAUUAUCUAACAGACUAUAUUAAAUGCACUGGUUUGAUUUUUUUUUUCCUUAAGAAAUUUACAUCCAAACAUAAUAUCAAAUGCAGUUUUGACAAUUGCAGUCUUAAAUAUAUUUGGAAAAUAUUAGCUUACCUUUGUAAAAGCGUUAUUGCUCUUUUCUUAAAGGUGCAGUUCUUACUGAAACAGUAUGCAGCCAUGCUUGUUUUGGACAAUGCAUUCUUUAGAGGUUAAAGAUAUUAAAAUAAGAGCCUUGUCUAUGAAAUAAAAAAAAAAUUGAAGUUGGUCAGCCUUUUCUGGCACAAUUAUGAUUUUUCUUCAGAAUGAAUAGAAAGCACUAGUGCAGAGCAUGUUGUGGAAAAUGAAGAAUGUCUUUUAUUCUUUCACUUAUUCCACAGUUGUAGUUGGCUACAGUAAAGAAGAGCCUGUGGAUAGUGUGCAUCUUGCUGGUUUGGUUAAUUUUUUUUUUAGGCAUAGUAGAAAUCUUUACAGCUGAUGUAUAUUUUAAAAUAAACUGCACCUCUGUAAACUUACUGUAUUGAAGAAUGAUCUCUAAGGUAAACUCUUCCUAUAUGGUCUUUACUUUGAGAAACAAUACUGUCAGAUGCCAAAGAGAGAAGGGUUUUACAUUUAAGGAUUAAACACCCCUAUUUAUUGAUUUACCCUAUGAAACUGUAUUUCUGGCUACAAAAUAAAAGGGUGAUAUAAACACA